GCACACACACAGUCUGCGUCAGAAGCUGAUAGACGAAGAGCUGAAGACAUGGCACCAAUGUUUAAUGGAAAACCAGGAGACCUGAUCGAGAUCUUCCGUGAUGGACCCUAUCAGCACUGGGCCGUCUACAUCGGAGAGAAUGAAGUGGUUCAUUUAGUUACAGAAGGUGGUGACUCAUCUGGCUCGUCGGAGAGUCUGAGCAGCAGAGCAGAGGUGAAGCGUGAGAAGCUCACCGACGUGGUCGGCAAUCACCGUUUCAAAGUCAACAAUCUGCUGGAUGAAAAGUACGAGGCUCGUGAUCCCUACGUCAUAGUGAAGGAGGCCUGUGCGAUGGUGGGCUGCGAGCUACAGUACAACGUUGCCACUUACAACUGUGAGCACUUUGCUACCGACUUGCGAUACGGCAAGGCAGAGUCUCGGCAGGUUCAAACAGCAGCUGUGAUCACAGGCGUCGCUGUAGCAGGUGUGGCCUUAGCAGCUUUAGGUGCAUUUCUGUUCAGCAGCCUUUCCGGCAAACAGGAAAAGGAAGAGGAAGAGGAAGAGGAAGACUACAGGAAGAAAACAAGAAGACAUCAUCAACACUGGCACUAAUGAGACAGAAACAUAGUGUUUGGGUGUAGAAAAAAUCUGAAUCCAAUAAAAGAUCAGUUUGUUAAAGUUAAAGUAAAUAUCCCUGCAACAGAGUAAAAAAAGAAAUAAUAUGUGUGUGAGUUUGGAAGUGGAUCCACUUUAGAACACGAUAGCAGAGCUUUGACAGGAUUUAGACAAGUAAGGGGGGAUGUUACCGUGAUGCACAUUUCACAGAUGAUUCACCACAGAGCUGCGAGGGAAGGAAGAUGAUGAAAGAGAAGGACACAGCAAAGAGAAACAAGAAGAGGUCUGUUGUAGUUUCACUAAUCUGCCUCUAGAGGGGGAUGAAGACUGUUAAAUCAGACCCAGACACAGUCUCGUUCGCUCCACAGGGGAUGAGAAAAAUCAGAAAAUGUGCUUUUAAUGAUGCUCUGAGAGGGGAAGACAAACUUAUAUUGAUCUUUGUUUCCCAGUUCCUUAUUUCCCGUAUGGUUUCAUCCUCUUAUCAUUUCUGUGUUUGUAUGAGCUUUUGUAUCAUUUUUAUUGCUCACCUCAUAUGAGAUUAUCUUUUAUAAUUGUAUUGUUUCCCCCGCAAAAGCAUUUACUUAAUUGUAACAAUAAAUAUUUUCCAUCUUAUUUUUAUCUUGUUAACCAGACUUUGUUCUGUUUUAUUCAAAACAAUAUUCUACUUCUAAAUCCACAUAUAUGUGAAUUGGCUCAAUGCUGUUUGAUGGAUGCCAAAAUUGUUUUACUUCAUGGAUGGACGGGUUUCUGAUUAUAAUUUCAUCUCUUUUUUUAACUUGGCAGUGUUUAAGCUUUAAAAGUGCUAUAUAAAAUAUAAUGUAUUAUCAUUAUUCAUCUCUUUCAAUCACAAUGUGAGACUUUGCUGUCAAACUUCUAACCUGCAAUGUUGUAGUUUGGAUUUUUUUCACCAGACAAGACAUUUAGCUUUUCCUGUAGACAGGAGUUGUGUGUUUCUUUAUGCUCCUGCUGUAGAAACAUUAAAACCUACAGUUAAGUAUGCACAUGUACACACAUAAGGUUUCCAUCUCGUAUUUUUCUUCACUUCUAGCCUUUGAUUACACACAAUCUGCAUAAUCCAGGUUUGAACUGAAAAACACAAAACCACAACAAAUUCAACAAAAGCCAUAGAAACCAUAUAUCUCACACCGAACUGUGAUGUUAACAGGUUAAUUCACACAGCACAUGUAUUUGAAUGUUGAAUUACUGUUAAUCUACACAGGUUACAAAUAUUCCUGUAGA